ACAGGCAGACCACGGCUUCUGUAGGAUUCAGUAGCUGCCUGCCACCUGCCAGCAGAAGAUCGAAGCGCCUCUUGAGAAGCGCACAUUCGCGUGCGGUCUCUAUGGAAACUAAGCAAACUUCAAGGCAAGCACUGUUAGCAGCUAUUAAGCUAAGUUGACGGUUGGUCGGUGGUUCAAUAUCAUCGCGAAAUGCAGACAAAAAUGAACGUAUCCACAACACUGAACGCGGAGGAAGGAACGAGGGCUGAAUCUGAAGAAAAAGACACGAGGGAAGGUGUUGUGUCUUUUGUUCCAGGCCAGGAGUCUCAGAGUGCAGCUGCUGAUGGGACACAGGUUAACGCUGACACAGUAGAAACCAAAGCAUCAGAAAGCAGCACAAUGCAUUCAGGUCCCAGAAUUACCAAACAGUUUUUAAGGGAGCACUGCAAGAAAAACAAACUGUACGUGACACCAAGGCUGAAUGACACACUUUAUCUUCACUAUAAAGGUUUUUCUUGUAUUGAGGGUUUGGAGGAAUAUACUGGCCUGCGCUGCCUAUGGCUGGAAUGCAAUGGCAUUCGCAAGAUUGAAAAUCUGGAGAAUCAGACAGAGCUUCGCUGUCUUUUCCUCCAUCAGAAUCUAAUUCAUACUCUGGAAAACCUGGAACCACUCAGCAAGCUUUGCACCCUCAAUGUCUCAAACAAUUAUAUCAAGAUCAUUGAGAACAUAUCCUGCUUGAGUGAGCUAUCCACGCUGCAGAUCUCCCAUAACUCACUGGAGAAUGUGUGUGACAUGGAGGAGCUGUCACACUGUCUGUCCAUCAGUGUUCUUGAUCUGUCUCACAACCGCAUCAGAGAUCCAGCCCUCAUCGGUGUUCUAGAGAGAAUGCCGGACUUGCGGGUGUUAAAUCUAAUGGGUAAUGAGGUCAUCAAAAAAAUCCCAAACUACAGGAAGACUCUGAUUGUGCAUCUCAAGCAGCUGACCUAUCUAGAUGACCGGCCUGUUUUUCCAAAAGACAGAGCAUGUGCAGAGGCAUGGGCAGCUGGUGGUCUGGAAGGUGAGCGAAAAGAAAGAGAAAUGUGGGAAACGAGAGAGAGAAGGAAGGUCCAGGAGAGUUUGGAUGCAUUGACUGCUAUCAAAGAGAACGCACUGAGACGACAGCAGGCUCGAGAGCUUUUGGAGAAAGAGCCUCCAAGUCCUGUUGCUGAGGAUCAGAGCCCUCAAGACGAAACACCAGAAACUGCAGGGAGUGACUCUUCAAAAACAGAGCAAGAACAAACUGAUCCAUCAGCUUCAGAGUCAAAACCAGAGAGACAGCAGACAGUUUCAGAACAGAUUCUCCAUCCAUCAUUUGACCAGAAACAGACUGGCGAAUCAACUCGGGGAUUGAAGACUGAAGAGGAGAAGUACCAGAGAAUGAGUGUUCCCACAAAACCAUCACAGUCACCUCAGAGCGGUUUAGUCUCAGUCGCAGGUCCUGGGGCUCUCGUGACUGAACUGAUCUCUGAGGAUGAAAUAGAGUCCAUCAACCUGUCAGAUGAACCAGUGUUAAAAAUUGAUAGUGUGAUCCGUCCAAAGAUUCAGGUCAUCUCUGGUGAUGACACGGAAUCAGAAGCUGUUACAAGUUUGUAUCACUGGCCUCAGUCAGAUGCUGUGGGCACUGAUCAAUCUCAGCUGCUUAUUAAUGUCUCCACUAAGAGAACCUCAAUCAAGCAGCAGAGUCCUGCCUUCUCCAGUCAAGCAGAAGCAGGGGAUGACUUCCCAAAGCCAGAGGAAAACAGAAAGACUGUUCUGAUUGAAGAACUGGACUGA